AUGCCGCAUCAGCAGUCGUCUCCGGACAGCCCCAACUUGCCGCCAUCCGGCGGUGAUCGUCAGGGACCACCACGACGCUCUUCCAGCCAUAGACUCGUCAUGCUGCCCCGAACAACAGAAGACAGCAACAAUUCAAACUCACAAAACGGGGACAAGAAGAAGAACCCAGACAUCAAGAUCCCCAAGAUCCAGCCCGUGGAGCAGGGCGAGCCGCUCGCCGAGCUGGCCCAGGGCUUAGUGGGCAGGUUUGUCGACGAGUUCGGCAACAUCCUGGACUGGGAUGGCACGGUGCUAGGGUCAGUGGAGGGCGAUCUGCCUUCCAUGGUGGGACGGCCGGUGUCCGAGUCGGGGGAGAUUCUGGACAAUGCCGGCGAGGUGGUGGGAUAUGUCUCCGAGAAUCAUACGAGGCCGAAGCUGAAGGAUCUGGAGGGGGGGUUGAGGAUAGAUGGUGAUGGCAACAUUUACAACAAGCAGGGCAAGGUUGUGGGCAAGAUGAAUCCGUCCACAGAGGAGGGAGAGGGAUCUGGGCAGCAGCCGGCACACAACGAGAGCGAGGGCACAAAAUCUCAAGAUAAUGCUGGUAAAGCGAAAGAAGAUACGCCGGGCCCAUCAGAUGUGUAUUUGGAUGUCAAAUCAACACACGAUGGCAUUCAACUGAUUAUCAGGAUACCCACGGUUUUUAGAAAGGGUUAA